CUAGUGUAUGGCUCAAUGAUAAACUCAUUCUAGGUGAUGUUCAUUUAGAAUUUAGAUUAGAAAAAGUAUUUUAGAUGUACAGUGUCCUGUCACCUAUUGCUUUGAUUUAAUACAUAAAUGUGUGCUUGAUUUCUCUGCUGUGAUCAAACAUACUAUACUGCAUCUAUAUUUUAUUGCAAAAAUUUAGUACAAAAUUCUGCUUGUGUGAUUGUUAAUAACAACAAGGACCACAAGAACUAAUUAUCUAGCAAUUUUCCCUGGACAUUCAACAUUUGAGAUCAGAAAAAAAAAUGGAUAUCUUUACAUCUGUCACAACUGAUGCAACAAACUUCACGACUCACACAACCGUUACAAACACAACUGUCGGACCUCCAGAACCGCCUUAUCCAGUGUUUGUCGGAUACAUCUGCGCCUUUAUUGCAGUCAUCAUGUAUGGCAGUAACUUUGUUCCCAUUAAAAAGUUUUACACUGGUGACGGUAUGUUCUUCCAAUGGAUUCUCUGCAGCGGUGUAUUUGUGGUCGGUAUAGUUGUACAGAUCAUUCGUCAAUCUUCAUUUCACCCGAUCGUCAUGAUGGGUGGAGCUAUAUGGACGACAGGAAACCUUUGUGUUGUUCCAAUAGUUAAAACAAUUGGCUUGGGUCUAGGGAUGAGCAUCUGGGGAACCUUUGGACUGGUCACUGGCUGGGCAAGUGGAAGGUUUGGCUGGUUCGAUACUACACCCAAUGAAGUCAGCAAGCCGUUCAUGAACUAUUUUGGCGUGGGCUUGGCGUUCUGCAGCAUCCUGCUGUACGUGCUGGUGAAAAAUGAGGUCAGUGCUAAAACUGACAUGGAGGUUAUAGUAGAUGUGGAAGAAAACACAACAGACGAAGAAGCACCACUGAUUAAAUCUGGUGGUUCUAUUAAUAGUAAGCCGCCAAGAAAUUCGUAUACCACUUCAACUAAUGGCAACUCAAGAAAUGGAGAUAUACUCGUCUACAACAGUUCUCUCCAGCAAGCUAAAGACAAGUUGAAAGCCAACAAAUCAUCAGGGGAAGCUGCGGAUGACAAAAUAUUCAUUGAGAACUUUUCUCCAAUGAGGAAAAGAAUAAUUGGCACAGUCCUGUCGGUCUUCUCCGGCAUUAUGUACGGCAUCAAUUUCACACCUUCCAUCUAUGUCAAGGAACAUUACAGUGGUGCCAGUCAAAAUGACUUAGACUACACAUUUGCCCAGUUUGUUGGCAUCUAUGCUGCAAGCUCUGUUUACUUUUUCCUCUAUUGUGCUUUUCAGAAGAACAAACCCAAGGUCUACCCUAGUGUCAUACUCCCUGGUAUAGUGUCUGGCAUCAUGUGGGGCAUAGCUACCACUUGCUGGUUCAUUGCCAACGCUGAACUCUCGGAAGCCAUUUCCUUCCCUAUCGUCUCCACUGCCCCGUGCGCCAUCGCUUCAUUGUUCUGGGGUGUUCUAGUCUUUCAUGAGGUCAAGGGUGUUCGCAACAUUUUGAUUUUAGUCCUUGCUUUCUGUGUUAUGGCAACUGGAGUUAUCCUUGCUGGUCUGUCAAGAUAAAAGAAAUACAUUUUAGCUGUAUCAAAGUUUGCCAAGCUAAAUUUUUAAAUGAGUGAAAAUUGUAUCAGGGAUUCAAUGUGAUUUUGCAUAUAUAUAUAUAUCUCCCUUAUACAUUAAUAAAUGGGGCUUUUUCCUUUUUAUUUUCAAGAGUUUUCGUAUUGAUAAACAGCUAAUUUUUUUAACUGAGUGAAAAUUGUAUCAGGGAUUCAAUGUGGUUUUGCAUAUAUAUCUCCCUUAAACAUUAAUACAAGGCUUUUUUCUUUUCAAUUUUGAAAAUAAAUGUUUUGUAUUGAUAAACAGGGUUUGAAAAUGUAAUAAUCAGGAUUUCUUUUUACUGGUACAAGUGUACUCAGCAUUAUAGCAGAGAAUAUUUUUAUUUACAUUGGACUGCCUUUAUCUACUGAAUAGAUGCUGAUUCAUUGUCUUUGUAUUACAUGAUGUAGAAAGGGUGCUCUACUUUAUUUGGCUACAAAGACUCUGCUGUACUGAGUCCAUGAAAAUUCUAAGUAUAUUCAAGGCAAUUCAAAAUCUUGCCCCCAUUCAGACCAACUUGCUGAAAAGUUUUUAAUUUUUAGAAAAUUCUUGUUCUUUUUUAAAAAAAAAAUUAUUUUUUUUUUUCAUUUUAAGAUUAUUAUAAUGGUACCAUAUGCUGUAUUCCUGUAUAUCCCUCAAAUUUGAAAGUUUAAUUUUAUGCUCAUGUACACUGUGUAAAUGUAGUGUGUUUACAUUUUCAAAUGGGUUCUCGUUUUCUUGAGAUUCGGGUGUUAAAAUGUUUUGUUGACAAUGUUCUCGUCUACAUUCCAUAGAAAAUGCUUUUAUUUACACACAGUCUCUUCACAUUUGUAGAUAUUGUCACUAAAUAUAUGUGAAAAUAAUAGGGCUUCUGAACCUAGAGGUCCUAGGUUUGAAUUUCGAUAAAACUGGGACUUUCGAAUUUCAGGAUUUUUAGGGCGCCCUUGAGUUGGGGAAAGUAAAGACAGUUGGUUGUUGUGCUGGCCACAUGACACCCUUGUUGACUGUCAGCCAUUUAAACAGAUGAACUUUAAACCAUCUGAAAAAGGGAAUUCUCCUUUUUCUUUGCCAAAUAUCUUUUUUCAUUGCGUACCUGGCAUCAUUCCAUUUUUUAUGUAUGUGUGUGUGUGUGUCUGGCAUCAUUUCAUUCUUUAUAUAUAUAUAUAUGUGUGCCUGGCAUCAUUUAAUCUUUAUGUAUGUAUGUGUGUGUGUGUGUCUGGCAUCAUUUCAUUCUUUAUAUAUAUAUAUGUGUGCCUGGCAUCAUUUAAUCUUUAUGUAUGUAUGUGUGUGUGUGUGUCUGGCAUAAUUUCAUUCUCUAUGUAUGUGUGUGUGUGUGUCUGGCAUCAUUUCAUUCCCCAUGUGUCUGUUUUUUGUAUAUAGUUGAACAAAAUGUUCUUUUAAUUUUCAUAUUUGGAUUUCUGUUAGUUUGUAUAAAUAUUUCAUUGAGUGUUUGAUAUUCUUCAAAAACUGCUAUGUAAAUAAAUAAUGUACAUAUCUUUGUGUGUAUAUUUAGAAAAAAAAAAUUAUCAAGCUUCAUCAGUGAUAUUUAAAACCUCUGAUAUUCCCAAGACUCUUUUCAGCAGCUUUUGGUUUCUAAAUGUACCUGGCUAGUAGGAAUCAAUGUCUUGAUAAUGAUACUAUCCUUUGUCUAAACUUAGUUUAUAUACAGGUCAGUGCUAUUUCUGUUUGUACUUUAAGCUAGUAUACAUUUCUUUUUGUUUAUUAUAUUUGUAAAAAAAAAAAAAAUAUUUUAGACUUAUAUAAUAGUAGAAUUUUAAUUUUUAAAUAUUUGUUUUUAAUUUGUAAAUAUCUUGUGAGUUUUUAAGGAAAUGUGUACACAGUUGUACUGAUAUUAUUUUGUGCAUUUUUAUGUUAGCAUAUACAUGAAAUUGUAAAACAUAAAUGGACAUAUUUGUUUGAUCAAUUAAUGGUUUAGGACAGGUCCUCUUUUUAGAAAUCUUUUUUUGAAGUCUUUCACUUGUUAAUUUUUUGUUUUGCUUUGUUUGUUGUUUUUUAAUGCCUAUUUUGACUAUCCUUUGUCAUUUCUAUAAUCCCUUUUAAAGUUUGAUUUUCUAGUUAUUCAAGUUAUCUUGUACCCCUAAUGUAUUGAAAAUGUUAGACUGAAGACUGUAUCAUUUUGAAAUGAACAAUAUCAAUUCAUGCAGUAGACUUUUAUAUUUCACUCUAGGUUUUGACUCUUAUUUUACUCUCCAAGUUUUUGCCUGUUUUGAAGGUCCACAUUGGACUGAACAAUAGUAUGUUGUUUCAUCUUGUUAAAAAUGUCAUGAAUUAAAAUCCAGUUUGAUUGAC